AUGCAAUGCUUUGUCUACCUGAUUACGUGUAUUAAUAUCAUUCCUACCGUGACAGCUCCUGGCCUGUUAAAGGAUCCGAUUGCACUGUGGGAAACUGCUGACAGCUCUAUAAUUGACAAGACACAGAUCUCAUCUCUUGAAUUGUUAAAUUCUAUUCCAUUGGGUGGUUCAAAGAUAUCACCAAAUGUUCGCCAACAAGCUAAUGUGCUUGCACCUCGUGUAUAUGAUUGCAGUCGGUGGUAUUGCAUGACUAGACUUAAAACCAACCUGCCUGCUCAUCGAUCUGACCCAAGCAGAACGGCACACUGGGUGGCCAGUGUCUCCACGGAUGCCUUUCGGUACCACAGCACUUUGAAGAUGCUGAAAUUGAGGUCCGUCUACAUGCACAGUGUACCGGUCACAGUCUUCAAUAUGUGGAUUGACAUUGGGCUUGUCAAAAUGCUCCGAAUUGAUGGCUAUCCCCCAAAAGAGCGAGGAAUAAGUAACCACGAGUGGAUCAACAUUGGUGAAUCUGAUCAUGAGUCACCAAAGAGCUAUGCAGCCCCAGCACCAAAAGCUGUGAUUCGCCAAUGCCAACUAAAUUUCGAUCUGCUCGAGCACAUUGUUUGGUGGUUCGAGGAAGGCGACGGCGCUCUAACAAGCACUGGUGAUGUGAAAGCCGGAAACAUGCAUGUGGGCCCACGGAUAUACCUAAAAAGACUCGGGACAAACAAAGCGGACGCCAAUUUGAAAUCGGUUUACCUGUGCUAUCACCACGUGCUGCCGAUCAUGGAGGGACAGAAGGGUGGUGGUGAUGCAAUGGCCAAUGUCUCUUCAAUUGCGGGGAUGCGCUAUAUCGACAAGCCCCCGAUAGCAUACAGUACAACGAAAGCGUCAAUGGUAGAAUUCACCAAAGCCACUACACUAGUAAUUUACGGAAAAACAGCUGUUAGGUCGAAUAUGGUUGCGCCUAUUCACCGCUUGUCGGAUCGCUAG